AUGCUGGACAUAUGGCUUUUAUCCCUCUCUACGAGUUUGAAUGUCAAUUCGGGAGACAAGGACAAUAUCAUGACUAGUAUUGGUUACAUUUGUUGGAACAUAUGGAAAAUGCAGUGCAAGGUAGCAAUCAAAUCGCACCUGCUAGCCCUAACGGUUGUAAUUCGUGAAUCACAUGCAGAUUGUUGGAACUACCUUACUGCACAAGCCUCGAAGAAAACAAGUUGCAUACCCCCCCGCCCCCACUUGGAGAAACACUUCUAUGAAACGGGGAUAACACUAUUUUGCUAUCCUCGGUUAAUCACGCACCACAAGGCAUGUAUUGGAGUGGUAUUAUGUGAUACUAUAGGUGUUUUGGCUGCGGGCCUUGCUUGCUCUAUUGCUGCAGAUUCCACCAUUGAAGUGGCGACUGGCUAUUUUGGAAGGCUGGCAAGUGGCAGCUCUAUCCAAGUUUAUGCAAUAUCAGAAAUUCCUGCUCUAACUUUCGGGAAUGUAAUUGGUCAUUGGUCCCUAGGACUGCAAAUUGGCAGCGGAUCACUUAACCAAGUUAGCAUUGUCGAGGAUGAGCCCCUCUAUUUGGGUCAACCGACCCCAUCCUCCUUGAUUGGGAUCUUGGACAAGGAUGGUCUUCCAUGCCCUCUGAAUCAUAGCACUUGA